UUAUGAAUGCAUAAUGAAAAAAAUAAUAAGUAAUAAAUAUUGAAAAUUGAUAUUUGGUUUAUACUUCUUGGGUUGACAUGUAAAUACAAAUGUGUAUGUGUGCAUUCGAUCGUGUUUGAUAUUUGUUAUUUGCGAAUGGAAUCAUUCGUGACAGAUUAGAACUUAUUUGCAGGCUUUAUAUCUGCGAGUUUCCACUCUGAUUUUUCUAUAAAUUUUAUCAUACAUACACACACACACAACACAAUCAUAAUCAUCAAGAAACAAACAAUGUCGACAAUGGAGGGUUCACUUAGUAAAUGGACAAAUGUUGUUAAUGGCUGGCAAUAUCGGUGGUUUGUUUUAGACGAUAACGCUGGCUUAUUAUCGUAUUAUACUAGUAAAGAAAAAAUGAUGCGUGGUGCUCGUAGAGGAUGUGUUAGAUUAAGAGGUGCAAUUAUAGGUAUCGAUGAUGAAGAUGAUAGUACAUUUACCAUAACUACGUCAUCAUACAAAGAUGAUCCUAAAACCUUUCAUUUCCAAACACGUAAUGGUGAGGAACGUGAAUGCUGGGUUCGUGCUCUAGAAGAUACAAUAUUGCGUCACUCACAUGCGCGAUGGGAUCCAAAAAAAUCACCGCCCAAACAAGAUUUCAAUCGUAAGGUGGCAGAGGCAGAUGCUUAUCUCCAACUGUUAAUUGAUCAAAUUAAAAUAAUUGAAACAAAACAACAAAGUCUUGAAACAGAAAAUGAAGAAAUACAAGAAAGUUACACUGCAAUUUUGAUGCAAGCAAAUGCAAUGCUUAAUUCUGUAAAACAUACCAUUGUCCAACUACAAAUUGCAAAAAAUACAGCUAUUCCUGUUAACGGCAUAUACAGAGGACCUUCUACCGAUACAAUGAAUUCUACACCACCUAUAAAUCAUGUUGCGGUUAUAGAACCAGAAUCAACAGUACAAACUGGUAUUGAAUUGGGUUCAGAAUGUACAGAAUCAAGAAUACCAACUUUAUCCAAUGUUGUAGAUAAUAGAGACUUACCAGUACCUCAGUUUUCAUAUUCUUCAUCGGAUGAAGAUGAAGAUUAUUAUGAUGCUGCUGAUGAAUUGUCACCUCCCUUGGCAGCACAAAAUUAUAUCGCACUUAGAAGACGAGAAAGUGAUCGUUUACAAUCAAUUGGAGACAUUACUGGAGAUAUGCGUAAACAAUCUCCGUUACCACCUGUUAAGGGAGAUGGUUCUGUAGAUUACGAUGCCUUGUACGAGGAAGAGAGCGACACAGAAGUGGAUUCCAUGGAAAGUCAUGGAUCUGUUGUGACACAUCUUUUGUCACAAGUCAAAAUUGGUAUGGAUCUAACCAAAGUUGCAUUGCCUACCUUUAUUUUGGAACGUAGAUCGCUUCUUGAAAUGUAUGCAGAUUAUUUUACUCAUCCAGAUCAGUUUGUAAGCAUUGCAGAUAUGCCUACGCCUAGAGAAAGAAUGGUCCAAGUAGUGCGCUGGUAUUUAUGCAGUUUCCAUGCUGGCCGUAGAUCUGGUGUAGCUAAGAAACCAUACAAUCCUAUUUUGGGUGAAAUCUUCCGGUGUCAUUGGAAUCUUGUUAGUGAAAAUUGUACAGACGAUGUAAAUAUUGAAACAAAGUGUGUAGCAGAUGGGCCAGUUCCAUGGUGUAAAGAAAAUCAAUUGUCUUUUAUUGCCGAGCAAGUUUCUCAUCAUCCUCCAGUGAGUGCAUUUUACGCUGAACAUUAUGCAAAGAAAAUAAGUUUUUCCGCGCAUGUAUGGACAAAAAGUAAAUUUCUGGGGCUCAGCAUAGGAGUACAUAAUAUUGGAAAGGGUUGGGUAAAUGUAUUAGAACACGGUGAAGAAUACGUUCUAACUUUUCCAAAUGGUUAUGGCAGAUCAAUUCUUACCGUUCCUUGGAUAGAAUUAGGAGGAACGGCCACUAUAAAUUGUCCACAAACUGGAUAUCAAGCAACUGUUGAAUUUUUAACAAAGCCUUUUUAUGGUGGAAAACGCAAUAAAAUUACUUGUCACGUUACUCAACCAGCUGAUAAAAAACCAUUUCUUGUUAUUAAUGGAGAAUGGAAUGGUGCUAUGGAAGCGAAAUGGAUUGACGGACGAGUUGAAACCUUAGAUGUAAGAGAACUUCCGAUAGAGAAAAAAUUAGUUAAACCAAUAUGCGAGCAGGAAGAAUGCGAAUCACGAAAAGUGUGGCGAGAAGUAACAAUGGGUUUACGUAUUAAUGAUAUGGAUAAGGCCACAGCUGCAAAGUAUGCUAUCGAACAAAAACAACGAGAUGAGGCCCGCCUACGCAAAGAGAAUAAUGAAAUAUGGCAGACCAAACUUUUUAAAGAGAUUAGAGACAAUGGUUGGGCCUAUACUAUGCCAUUAUCUGAAAGAUUACACGUUUCUCGCAAUGAAACAAGUACAACAUAGCCGCAUAUAAUGCUUAAUAAUUAAAUGAAAAUGUAAGUAUUGCAGUAUAGUAUGAUGUUCGUGGCCUAAAUCAUUAAAGCAGAAGAUUAUAGUCAAUACAAUCUUAUUUAGCGACGUUAAUGUCCAAAAUAUUAUACAAUUAUGUUAUCACAAGAUUUUCUAUAACUAGAACAAGGAGUUAAGACUAUUUACUUUAUUUUAAUUGACCUUUAUAAUUUCUAUAUUCAAGCUUUUAUUAUACAAACAAAAUGGUGUGGAUAGAAGAAAUUGAAAUUAUUUAUAUUAAUUGUAAUUAAACGUUAGUCUUAAAGACUUAUUUUUGUAGAAAUACUAUCAGUGAUAGCGCAUACAAUAAAUUUCAAUGCUUCAUAAAUACUGCAUUAUGUACGUAACGUUCAUGAAAAAUGAAAGAAUAAUUGUAGUACAUAAACUGUAACUUAUUUAUGAAUAAGAUUUCAUUUAUUCUCAA